CAAGUUGAUAGUCAGUCCUCGGCGCGACUCUGAGUCGCACACACGCAAGCGCGAUCAUAUAAUAUAUAUAUAUAAAUAUAUUUAUCCUUAGGAUUUUUCUAAGUCACCAAGGAUCAAAAUUUUAUUUUACAUGACUUAUUUAAUCGUUUAAAAUAAAAAUAUUCUAAAACUAGAUUAUUCUUGCUAAUAUCUAAUAAAUAAUCUAUGAAUAAAAUAACGCGUGUAUUAAAAACUAGUUGGUGAAAAUACUUCAUAAUUAAAGUUAUUUUUGUUCAAUCUUGUGCGAUAAAUGAUUGAACAUUCGAUUACUAGUCAGUGAAGUGUCACAAUUAUUUCCUGGACCAAAGAUUACACCUAAUCAAGGACUGUGAUAAAUCCUGUUACUAUAGUGUUGUAAUAAGAGAGAGAGAGAGGGAGAGUCUAGUGAUCAUUCUUCCAGGAGUUUCGACUAUGGUGGUAUUGAGCCGUGUGGGUUCGCCGACAAUGUCAGCGACUGUUGCCGGAAACCAGCAACAGCAACAUCCUCAUCAAGAAUGGGAUAUCAAUGAUCCAAAUGUCCCAAGGGUCAUUGAGUAUGAUCCAUGGUGCGAGUGGGCAGAUGGUCACGUGAGACGAGUCUAUGGUCCAGAUUGCGAAGAAGCGAGAAGACACGCUUCCGGCUGGGCAAUGAGAAAUACGAACAAUCACAAUGUAAGCAUCCUCAAGAAAUCUUGCUUAGGAGUUCUAGUUUGUUCGGAAAGCUGCAUUCUUCCUGGAGGCAACAGAGUACAUCUUCGACCUGCAAUUUGUGACAAGGCAAGAAAAAAACAACAAGGAAAACCUUGUCCAAAUAGACAAUGCACAGGAAGAUUGCAAAUACUUUCUUGUCGUGGACAUUGUGGUUAUCCAGUAACUCAUUUCUGGAGACAUACGGAUCAUGCAAUAUUUUUUCAAGCCAAAGGACAACAUGAUCAUCCAAAACCAGAAGCAAAAUCAACUUCAGAAGCGAGAAGAAGUGUUGGUGCUGGCAGACGAGUAAGGGGUUUAGCUGUUAUGUUAGCGAGAGAAGCAGCUUUAGGCACGAAGUUAAUGUCUCUGAGAGGUACAAAGAGGCCGAGCACAGAGGCAAUGGAGAUACCACCAAGAACCCCUCAGCCUCCCCCUCUUAUUUCUGAUAAAGGAUACUCUUGUUCCUGUCCUCCAUUCGAAUGUAUCUGUGGGCUUCAAUCAAGCAUGACGACUUAUCAAUCCUCCCAAAAUCAUCACCCUCAUCACUCUCAUCAUCAUCAUCAUCAUCAUCAAAGCACAGGAAUGUACAAUCAACAAACGGUCUCUACAGACACUCCUUACUGGUUGCAAGACCAAGUACAAUCUCAUGACAACACUUUAGGAUACACUCUUCCAAGUCAAGUUCCCCAGGAAGCAGCGUAUCCGGAUUUCCCAGCAUUCACUGGCGAUCUCUUUCAACCUGAAGAAAUCUUUCAAUUGGAUCAACCAUUGAGACCUGAUUUCCCCAUGAAUGCACAGGACGUUGCCAGAUCACCAUCCACCUUACUCGAUCUUGGAAGUGGAACCAUCAAAUACGAAAUGAAGCAAGAAAAUCAAGAUAAUUAUUGGACUCAAUUUCUCAGCGAAGACUCAAGUAGUAGCCAUUUAAGUCUUCCUCAUCAACAAGAAGAUCGACUUCAAUUCCACGGCUUUGAUACUGACAAGGAUUUUGAAUCCAAUCGACGAUCCAUGAAUAAUUGUUAUCCCAUGGCCAAGGAUGCAAAUCAAAAUAAUUCACUCAGCGAAACAAUCAAUUAUCCAUCAUAUCAUCGAGCACAAAAUCAAAAGGAAUUUGACAAUAGAAAAAAUGAUCAAAAUCAAUCCUAUUGGUGUCCAGAGGAGGAUCGUGUUCAUUUCCCGGGUUUUGAGUCAUCGCAAAAGGAAACAAAUCUCAUUGACGAAAGGAAUUCCUAUGUAUUUCAAAAACACGAGGAUCUCAAUAAAUCUCAAUCAAUGAAUCAAACACUUCAUCCUAGUCGUUCGCCCAGCGCGGAGAAUAAUUCAAAUUUUACAAAUUUUAAUAGCUAUCAAGUAAUUGAGCCAGUGACAAAAAGUCCAGCGAAUCGAUCUCCCCAUCAUCAUGAUCAACAACGAGUUUUAGAUGAUCGACUGAAUUACAGUAGUCACGAGCAAAAUCCAGCUGUUAUCGAGAGACUCUUCUCAACUGAUCCAAGUACUACCGAGACGGCAAUACAUUCGCAAAAUAGUCCCGAGCCAUUUUUCUAUCCCAGUAAUGAUAGAUGUCAAUACACAUGCGAAGUUUUGGACACGAGAAUUCCACAGGUACCAGUCAACAAUAAUCAUCAUCCAGUGAAUUAUGAUGAUGUAACGGAUCUCGAAUUGCCGGCAUUCGUUGAUUAUACACUUGUUGGGAUGCUGUGCAGUUCCGGUAAUGAUGAGACAUCGUCAGGAAUUCUCUCGAAUUGCUCGCAAACGGGUCAGAACUAUGUUCCCAAUCAUUAGAAGUGUAAUAAAAAUUUUAAUUUCUACUGUAUUAUAAAUAAAUAUUGUUAGUUGCACUCGAAA